ACAGUCCGUGCGUUCACGAGCACUGUACGCGAGUCUUACCAAAACACGUUUGAUUCGGUUUGACUGUACGGCGAUAACACGACGCGCGUGCAGCGACUCUCUUGAUAUUUGGGAAAUGUGUGUAGCAGCGAGCAGAGAGGCAGGCUGGGGAAAACGGAGAGGGGGAGGAGAAGAAGCCAAAGAAACGCUGUGAAAUUGCAUAAAACAUGCCAUUGAGCGCUCAGCUCACUUCCACACUCGUCUGUCUCCGCGCGGACUGGAUGUUAAGAGUUUACGCUGCGUUACAUGGACCAGUAUCUCCUCAGCUGCUCCUUUUAACAUGUUGGAUGUAUGCGUUAUUUUAAAGGAGAGCGCGUUGUAGAAACCGGCUUUUGAAAGCCGAAAAGGAGGAACUUUGAACAGACUCUGUCCAGACUUCAGAGGGUUUUUACAACUAAAAUGCACUUAUUUGGAAUUUCUGUCUUCUGUCUCGCAUUGCUUUAUGCAAACCUUGCUUUGGAGUCAAGUCACGACUAUUAUGAUUAUGACCAAGAUCAAGGAGAUAUCCUGGAACAUACAGAGCCAGACCUGGUGGAACAGUUGCGUUCGGUGGGCAGUGUGGAUGAACUCAUGAGGAUAGUUUACCCCAACUACUGGAGCAUGCUGAAGUGUCGUUCCAAAACAGGAGCUCGCUUCCCUCACAGAGAGCCUGGCUCCACAGAAACAAGGUCGGAGGAGGCCUCCUUUGCGGCUGCUUACUUCAACUUUGAAAUACUUAAAAGUAUUGAAACAGAGUGGAGAAAGACCCUGUGCAUGCCACGCCAAGUUUGUUUAGAUGUGGGGAAAGAGUUUGGGGCAGCUACAAACACCUUCUAUAAACCACCCUGCGUGUCUGUCUACAGAUGUGGGGGCUGUUGUAACAGUGAAGAACAUCAGUGCAUGAACAUCAGCACUUCCUACAUCAGCAAGACUCUGUUUGAGAUCACAGUUCCUCUCAAACAAGGGACCAAGCCAGUCACCAUAAGCUUUGCCAACCACACUUCCUGCAGCUGUCUGUCAAAACUGGAUGUGUACAGACAACGACACUCAAUCAUACGAAGAGCCUUACAAGAAUGUCAUGUGGCAAAUAAAACAUGCCCGAAGACACACAGCUGGAGCAAUCGCUUAUGCAGAUGUGUGCCAAUGCCUGACACUCUUCUGUUAAAAACACAUUCUGAGUCGUUUGAGCAGGAUUUCUGCGGGCCAAACAAGGAGCUGGAUGAAGAAACCUGUCAGUGUGUCUGUCGAAAGCAGCUGAGAACAGCAGGCUGUGGACCAAACCGCUACCUGGACAAGAACACCUGUCAGUGCGUGUGCAAAGUGCAGCCCUCCUCCUGCGGGCCGCAGCAGAGCUUCAACAAGGACACCUGCCAGUGCACCUGUGCCAAGGUGUGCCCUAAGAGUCAACCCCUGAACCGCACCAAAUGUGUGUGCGAAUGCACAGAGACCCCUAACAAGUGCUUCUUAAAAGGGAGGAGGUUUCAACCGGCCACAUGCAGUUGCUCCAGAGCACCAUGUACUGUGGAUCCCAGGAAACGGAGAUGUAAGGAGAACGAGUAUUUCAGCGAGGAACUGUGUCACUGUAUACCCACAUACUGGGGGAGACUGGAGUAAAGACGGGCAACGGGGUAGGUUGAGGCGCUGAAUGCCAACGGAGAUGCUGGCAUGUGGAGCAGUGCUAAUAUUCGGCUGCUGCUUAUCUGACUCACAUGUGCCAGUCACGUGGACUAGCACGGAGUAGGGAUUCGUCAGUGGGACACAAGAAAUGUCCAGAUAUCAAACAUGGAAUGCAGGACCAAUAGAGAUGUCUAAAGGCUGGAGCCAUGUUCUUCUCGUCGUUUUAAAUGUCUAUUCGUUAUUUGUCAGAUUUUGACUAUAUAAUUUAUUGCCAUGAAACAUUUUGAAACGCCCUUAUUCAUAGCAAUUACAGAUCUCUGCAAAGAAAAACACUGUGAUCGAUAUUUUUGUAUCAUGUCGAGUCCCGUAAAAUAAAAUAUAAAGUUGUAUUAUAUAUUGUUAACUUAUUUAUAAGCUAGACUAUCUUAUUGAAAUAAUACUGCACACGUUUCAAAUGUAUUCAGUUUUGACUACCAAAUAUAUGCACCUAUCCUGAUUCAAUUUUAUCAGACAAUUCAAGCUGGUGGUAAUAUGCACGACUUGUCUUUUUUCGCUGGAAACGUUGCUUGUUGACAAUCGAGGACACCAGGACUCUGCAGCAGUGCAUUCCAGUGGAACAUGGAGAAACUGUGUGAUUUUAAGAGGACAAAUGAUUUUAAAGUCUGGAUAUGGACCAAUAACAACUAAAAACGGGUGCUACAUGUAUGCACUUCCAUAAAUUAUGUGCUGUGCAUUUGGACGGAUUCCCAGCCUACAAUCGAAUCCAGACUGCCUCUUUUAAUAGAUGCAGUAGAAAGUGUGAUGUUGGUGUGCAGAAUGGCUUUUAAGUUUGGAGAUCAGUGGCCUUUUUGGACAUUAUGGCCUGGUCUUGUAUGUAGUGUGCAAUGUAGUCAACAAGCGUGUCAGUGAGUGGCCGAGAACUCAGAAUGGAUGUUUAAAUACAAGUAAUGCGAUUGGCCCAGAUCCACCUCAUAUCCACCCAUGACACUGUAAAUAUAAUAAAUUACCUCUGCCUCCAUCCCGGUCUUGCUUCUGUGUCUGCCAAAUAUGUGCGUGUGAUUUUUCACUGUUUCUCAUUCCAGAGCAACCCCCUGUAGCUCUUAAUCUUCAUAUUGUAAUCUCCCAUAAUCUUCAAUCACUGGAUGGAAUAUUUCAGAAAUGUACUCGACUCUAAUCCAGCACGUCUUUUGUUUUCUAGAUUAUUCCUACAGCAGGUUGCCUCGUUUCUUUGUGUUUUAACCCCAACCAACACACACACACACACACACAUCUCCGCUUCUCUGUUUCUCCAGGGAAGUUCAGAUCUAAGGUCGCAUCACUUUGCAUCUGGAUUACAUUACCCCCCACCCCCAGCAUUGCAUAUACUUAGACAUGCAUAGAUGUUAUACAUUAAAACUGUGCAGCGUUUAUCUGUUUCCAGCUGAAAGUAGGCUUUCCCUGUAGCCUGGUUUGCAGCAGAUUGUACCAAAGCCAUCUGCAUCCGCCGCACAAUCCCAAGAGAGACCUGAUAAAAAUAACACGUGCGGACUCACCGUGAAAUAACUAAAAACAGCCACCUGGUGAGUGGAUGUGAAUAUUUUAGAAGGUAUUCUAAAAUAUUCAUAUUUUCAUGUCUGGCCUGAUUUGACUUGGCUUUUUUCACAGCACUAAAUGAAGAUGAGGUUUACAUUUCAACAUCAACUUUGGAUUUGUGUUUGGUGCUUGUUUUGGUGUAUUCCAAUGAAAUUGAAACUAAAACAAGCACAGACAGUAAAUGAGUGGUUUAUUGUGUUAACCUGGCGAGUUUUGGACAUUUCUUACAGGGAUAGUUCACCGGAAAUGAAAAUUCUCCUGUCAUUCCAAACCUAUAUGACUUGAAUAUGUUGGAUAUUUUGAGAAAUGCCAUGUAAUGGAAGUCUAUGGAGGGCAAUUUUGUUUGGUUACAAACAUUCUUCAAAAUAUCUUUUGUAUUAUGCAGUAGAAAGAAAGUCACACAGGUGUACAGAACAAACAAAAAUAUGUGACCACUGAAAUGCAGCACAAAGAUGAUAAUUAUUAUAUAUUAAAAAAACUGUGGUAGUCAACAAAUGUCAAUAAGCAGAAAUAUAUUAGGCUGCUCUGUUAUGCUGUGUGUGGUCCUGAAAACUUCAGCCACAUGUGAUCAAAUAAAUGAAGU